CGCCGCGCUCAUCGCUCCGGGCAUCAGUGCGCCCCCAGUGCUCAGCCGCAGCAGAUCGUGAAUGUGAACGGAUAUAUAUAACAUAUAUCUAUACAGUUGAACAGUGUGCAUCCCCAUGUCUGGGAGAUAGAGCAGAAAAGCGCACAAAUAUUUGCACAUCCCAAAAGGGGAACAAGACCUCCUGUCCCCGUACACGUGCUGCAUCGUCUGCGGUCGGGAUCUGAAAAGCAAAAACUCCGACUCCGGCUCCGUCUCCGCUUUUUACUCGAACUCCAAUCAGGAGCCGUUCCGUCUAGUUUUUUUCGAAUUUUUUGCCGAGUUCCACCACCUACAUCCUGCCACCAUGCAUUCGCCGGCUGCCAAAGUGUCGGGCUACGUCGUCCUGAUGAUUGUGCAAAUAAUCUUCCUGGUUCUAUUCUGGCUGUUCGUGCGUUACGAAAAGACGGCGAUGCCCCUGGCAAUCGACGCCGAAGACGCUGGAUCAGCAAACGAACACGUUUCCAAAUAUCCGCAGUUCCAGGACAUCCAGGUGAUGAUCUUCAUUGGCUUUGGCUUCCUAAUGACCUUCCUGCGGAAGUACGGAUACAGUGCCACUGGAUUCACCCUGUUCAUGGCUGCUCUAGUGGUGCAAUGGGCUGUGCUCAUGAAGGGAUUCCUCCACAUGGAGGGCGGCAAGAUCAGCCUCUCCCUGGAGAACAUCAUUGAUGCGGAUAUAGCCGCCGCCGUGCCCCUGAUUAGCAUGGGCGCUUUGCUCGGCAGGACCACUCCAAUCCAACUCCUGUGCAUGUCCGUCUUUGAGGUGGCUCUUUUCGCGGCCAAUGAGUAUCUGGCUCUUCAUGUAUUCAGUAUCUGCGACUGUGGCGGCUCUAUCACUGUCCACGCCUUUGGAGCCUACUUUGGACUGGCUGUGGCCCUGAUGCUGAGACCCGCCAGCGACCAGAACGAAGCGGGAAAGCUAGAGGGCGCCAGCUAUACGUCGGACAUCUUCGCCAUGAUCGGCACCACCUUCCUGUGGGUGUACUGGCCCAGCUUCAACUCUGUUCUGGCCGAUGGAGCCGGCGGCGAGCGGGCCAUUUUGAACACGUUCCUGUCAUUAGCCGCGGCAACAGUGACCACCUUCGUUGUAUCCGCGCUUGUCAGCCACGAGAAUAAAUUGGACAUGGUGCACGUGCAGAACUCGACCCUCGCCGGCGGAGUUGCCGUGGGCACGGUGUGCAACUUGCUGCUCGGCGCCCACGGAGCUGUCUUAAUUGGCAUUAUCGCCGGCACGGUCUCGGUGCUCGGCUAUCGCUAUUUAACACCCUGGAUGACGGCCAAUCUGAGGCUGCACGACACCUGUGGCGUGCACAACCUGCAUGGAAUGCCUGCCCUGAUUUCGGCCAUUGCCUCCGCCAUUUACGCCUCGAUGGCCACCGUGGGCGAGUACCAAUCCGAGCUGCAGGACAUUUUCCCGGCCAUGAUGGGCACCAACGGAACCGAGACCAAAAUCAUGGGCGGUCUUGGCCGGAACGCCACUUCGCAGGCGGGCUACCAAUUGUUUGGCAUCGCUGUCACACUGCUCAUUGCCAUCGGCGGUGGUAUUUUGACAGGUGCCGUUUUGAAGUACACCAACUUCCGGAACCUGAAGAAGGACGAACAUCACCAGGACGAGCACUACUGGGAGGUUCCGGCUGCCGAGAACAAGGAGGAAUAUUUAAAUAUGCUCGCCAAACUUUUGGAUGACGAUGCCGCCGCCACCAACUCGAAUUCCCAGUCUGCCGCCAACUUUAAUUGGCGCCCAUUUCUGUUGCGCAACUGGAAUGCAAUUGUCCCCGCCAACAAUUUGUAUGUGCGCGGCGCUCUGCACUAGGAGCUCUGUCCUCUGCACUCCGCUAAUUAAGUGGCCCAGGACAAAGUGCUGGCUAAUUAGGCGACUUUUGGCCAAGACACCAGGACACCUUCGCCGCCCAGCCGGCCCGACGCCCCAGCGAUCCCAUCCAAUCCGAUCCAGUCAGCUUUCUUAGCCUUUCCAGCUUUCUCGGCCGCACAGCUCAGCCGGCGAUUAGCUCACCUGGCGCCGAAGGCCACUAAUCGCCGGACAAAGACGGAGCAGGAAUAAUGUCUUUCAAACGACUCACAGUUUCGCCCACCAGCGGACAACUGGCCGAUAAGCUGGCGGCCAACUACUUAAGUUGGCUUUGUCACACCCCACGGACGCACAAACAAAGCCCAAAAGGCAAACAAUUACCGGCGACAGUUCAACAAGUUUCAAUAAAAAUUGUCAGCCACCGUCUUGGCCUUCUGCGCUUUGGUUUUGACUCAUUUACAGCGGCAAAGAUUAGUCGUUAAGAUUGUGCGGCUAUUGGAACGGUUCCCGGUUUCAAAUUCUGUGAUGUAAGAGCUCUUUCGAAAAAGUAUUGAUUAAAUAUAUUCAAAGAAUAAAAAGAAAACCUUGCACAUGGAAUAGUAUAUGGAGCGAAAUAGGUGUCAUUAAUAGCAUCAAAAUUAGUGGGAAACACGGAUACCAUAUUUAUCCCAUUUAUAAUUCCAAAUGUGUUAAAUACUAUAAUGGCCGUUUGUUAUGUUUCUUAAACGUUUUAUGAUUCAUAAAUACUUCCUCUUUACGAUCAAUUUGUGAAAAUCGCAGCACCGUUUAAUAAUUUUGUUUCCGUAACAGUAUGAUUUAUGAAAUGUAUCGAAAUUUGUGAGUAUGAAAUCUAGAACAUGCCUUUAGUUUUUCAGAAAAUCAAUGACAUUUUCAUUUUAUGUCUGUCAAUAAAAGUUGUCAACUGCAA